AUGUCUACUGCUAGUUUUCUCGUUCUUCUCUCUAUUUUUCAUCUAAUUAUCCUGAACUUUGUUAAUUCGAAAUGCCAAGAGAGCUUCCAGUGUGGAAGUCUUGGGGUUUUGGAGUUUCCUAUAAAUAAUUAUUCGCAACCUGAAUGUGGGUUCUUAGGGGUUGAUUGCAAUGCUAGUAGUCCAAAACUUUACCUGGCAAAUGAAGAAUUAUCCCAAUCAUAUAUCAUUCUGUCCAAGAUCUCUACCAAUGUGUUCUUGAUUCGAAACCCUACUCUUCUAGGAUGCACCAAAAAUAACAGUGAGAAACUGAAGCGUUAUUUCCAGGGUUUUAAAAACUACUCAGGUUGUGAAUCCUUUGAUGUAUAUUAUACUGAUAGGAAUCUGCUUUCAACCCCAGAUGGCUGUUCAGCUGUCCCAGUGCCAACGUAUUCGCGAUAUGAUGUCAAUUCGAUGAAUUUCUGGGAUCUGUUUACCGAUGAAUAUGAACUGGAAUGGCAUCUGUCUGAGGAUUGCAAUUGCUGUCACAAUAGAGGAGGCGACUGUACAACUAACAUCAGGAAUCAAUUUAAAUGUCAAAGAGGUAUAACCAGUACAUAA